GAAAAAGCGCCCGAUGGGAGAGGACGACGGUGCGGAGCGGCGUGGCUGCGGCAGCGGCGUCCGACAGCGCACGUUUUGAUUGCAAUUUCUGCCGGGCGGCCCACAGCGGGCUCACACGGGUACAUGGCGCGGUCAGCGAAAGAUGCUCCACGAUGACACGCGCUCCACGGCGGCGGGAUAAGUGGCUGGGCCCGGCGGCGUGCUGCGCUCCCCAUCUUCAUCUCGCAACGGUGGUGCGGUGGUGGUUUUGUGUGUGGUGGCCCCUGCAAGCGCUGCUGCUUCUGUGCGCGGGGACAUGCGGCUCGUGCGACGUGGAUGUGGUGGCCACUUGUUACGCCGACUGCGGAUCGCGCCUGUUGGUGGAAGAAGAAAGCUUCAACGUGGUGUGCGAUGAGGACUGCCGGUUACGAAAGUGCCGGGAUGGUUGUGACAAGUGGCGAUAUCCUUCGUCAUGUGAUCAUGUUUGCAAUAAGACCACCUCGUCUCAUGGAAAGGACCUAUUCUGCCUCAUGGGAUGCAACUUGGCAGUCACAGAAUACCUGCGACACGUCAAAGCACAAAUCGGCCAGCCACUGCCGCCCUACCUGGUGGCCGACUCGCGAACCCACGACACGGUGACCAUCCGCUGGAAGACGUCGCCGCUGGCGCCCAACGUCACCUACCUGGUGCAGUGGAAAUACGAGGCCCUGCCCAGUGACUGGGAGUACUACCGGCCCGACCUGCCGCUCGCCAAGAACGUGCUGCGCGUUCAGGGGCUCAGACCCUACACCAAGUACAGGUUCCGAGUUGCCUGGAUCCUUCUGCCAAACCAGAGUCCCUUGUUUUCGCAGCCGAGCGUUGUGAUAUCUACAGAGCCCCACGGAGUUCCUUCGACACCACCAAAGAUCACCAGCCUCACUACUGUCGGCCCUCGGAGCAUAGCGGUCAGUUGGGACCCUCCGCUGUUCCCCAAUGGACCAAUCCUCUCCUACGCUCUCUACCUCGUGGAAAACCCCAGUGGCUUCACCACGGUCAAGGAUGUCUCGGACGUGUCUGGAGGCCUGUACUUCAUGUUCAGCGGCCUCCGACCGGAGGUUAUGUACACGGUGUCGGUGGCCACCAACAACAACCUCGGCAUGGGACCGGCUGACAAGCGCAACAUCACGACACCGCCUCAGAGCGUGAGCAACAUGAUACCGAUUCCCGAACCGUACCUAAUCAUCGCCACAAAAUGGCAAGUGCUGAGACAAGGACUGAGCAUCCUGGACGCACCAGUGGCAGAAUUCUACACGCCAUCACAUUCUAUAGAGAUAACUGGCGUCGCCAUGCACGUGUCUCAGAACGUGCUCUUCGUGGCGGACAGCUCGGGCACUAUCUAUCGCGUUGACCUCUCGGAAAAGUUUCGCUACAGUCCGAUCAUGCACAACGCCUCUAGUCAUCCCGGUCUCCUAUCGGUGGAUUGGUUGAGUCAGCUGCUCUACAUAGUACAAGACGGCCAGAUAACCCGGUGCAACUUCACUGGACAGGACUGCCGAACGGCCGUGUGGGGAUUCGAACAAAGACCAAGCGAAAUGAAGGUUGAUCCCUAUAAUGGCUACCUUUACUGGGUCCUCCAAAAUGGCACCACGGGGGGCCUCUACCGCAUCGACCUAGCGCGCAUCCUCAAGAACGCCGCGGCCAGGCACGACGCCCAGCUGCUGGUCAAGGACACCGACCUCAGGACGUUCGUGGUCGACUACAAGAACUACCGUUUGCUGCUGCCGAAGAAGUCGCAGAACACCGUCGUGUCGGUCUCGCUCUCGGCGGGCGACGAGACAGACGUGCGGCGCAACUCGCAACGCCACCAGUUCACCGACGUGCGCCGGCUGGACUCGCACGGCGGCAACCUGUACUGGACCACGGCCGCCGAGGCCUUCGGCGAGGAGUACCACGACAAGGGUGACAAGUUCUACCACAACAAGUACACCCUGGAGGGACAUCCGCUCGUCUACCUGGGCGUGUUCCACCCACUCUCGCAGCCUUUCCCUGUUCCUGUCAACCCAGUCCAAGGAGUGCAAGCCAUCUUCAAGGAGGAUCUAGCUAAGAUCGCCUGGGAAAAACCACGACUUCUUGGGGGAUUAGGCGCCGGCGCGUGGCAACAGUGGCUGUACGAAGUCCGCGUGCAGGACCAGUCGACGCAGGUGUACAUCUACGCGAUGAACAUCAGCGACACGACGACCACCGUGCGCAACCUGCGGCCCGACACCGCCUACUCGGUCAAGGUACGCGCCUACAGCCCCGGUGGAAGAGGACCGUGGUCCGUCGACUUCGUGGGACGCACACUGCGGAAGCCCUCCAAGAAAGGAUUCCCCUACAUGCUGUGGAGCGCCAACGAGGCUCUGCUCAAGUCCGACAUCGUCGGCGACAGUGUGCAGCCUCUGAUCCACUGGAGCAGCCUCAACGGAGCCUACAUUACAGACAUCGCCUGGUAUCAGAACCAACUCUUCCUGAACACCAACACCUCAACGGUCUACACGUACAACUUGUCGUCUCACUUCUCCUUGGAGCGAAUGCCGAACAUAACCCACGCGGCUGCAGUGGCAGUCGACUGGCUGGCACCGAAACUGUACUGGUCAAGUCCGCUCAGACAGAUGAUAUCCCGUUCAAACCUGGACGGCACGCACCCCGAAGCGCUUCCUUUUUUAACGAUGGCUCAAGAGAUAGCCGUCGACUCGCUGGCCGGCUAUCUCUACUGGGCUACUUCGCACAGCGUGGAAUGUUCGCGCCUCAACGGCGACGACCGUCUUUCGUUCUUUCAGACUGGGCUCUUCUCCGGAAAACAAGUUAUGGGCCUAACGCUAGACGUCGGCAACAAAAAAGUGUACUGGAUGGUUAGGAGCUUCGAAGGAUCCAAGCUUUUUCAAGCACCUAUGAGAAAAGAUGUCCAGGACAACCACAUCGCCGGAAAGAUCGUCGGCCCUCUUAGUGAAAGUGAAAUGAAGGGACCGGUGUGGUACUUCAGCGACCGCCUGUACUGGAUCCACCAAGAGAAGCAGGCGGUAAUUUCGAACAUGCUCGGUCAGAGCGUCGCCACGCUCAAGGGCCUGGGUCUCUUCGAACUCAAGGCUCUGGCAGUGGUCGACUCGUCACUGCAGCCCUAUCCAGGUGGCAUGGACAAAGCGGUGGUGAACGUCGUCCCUUCGCAAAUAAUGCCGGAAGGAAUUCAGGUGAUCGGCACCUGGGAAAAUUUCACAAUUAUCUGGCCCUUGGAGACCGACGUUAACUACGGAAAAGUUCACUACGAGCUCAGGAUCAAAGACGACCGCGAGGUUUACACCCAGGUGACCGAAGCAAAUCGCUUCGUGUAUCCGUCGUCAAGUCUUCUGAGACCCUACACUCGCCUGGAGAUUGUUGUGAGGGCUUACACGUUUUGGGCCUCCUCGCGGCCGACGGCUACAGUGAUCUACUCGCCGAUGUCAGGUGAGCACGACAUCGCUAGGUGCCCACAGGAGCCCCUGCAACCGCGCGUGUUCGUGAGCCACAAGUCGUCGCCGCUGCGUCAGCGCUCGGUCAUAGAAGCCGAGUUCCGCUGGGCGCGGCCGCAACACCCGAACGGCAUGAUCGAGAGCCACCGCGUCAACUGCUGGUUCUUCAAGGACGGCAGCAUCAGCACGCUGUGCCGCAACGUGCGCGUCUCCGGCGACGCCCUGCACUACCGCAUCACCGACCUGCUGCCGAACACCACCUACUACUUUCAGGUCGGUGCGGCGACGCGUGCCGGCGAGGGCCCCAUGAGCGAAGUGGUGCAGAUGAGCACUGCCCGCGAGCACCCCGUACCGCGGCUGCUGCUCGCCAAGACCGACGCCGUCAAGCUCAGCGACGUCGACUUGCACCAGGAGCGGCUCCUCUCGAGCAAGGCCAGCCGACCCGUGGCGCUGGCCUACCUGGGUCAGGACGCGCGCGUCUUCUGGCUCGAGGAGAAAGGACUCCUCAUGGCCUCCGCGUUGGAUGGGUCGAACAUCAGCGUGGUGCACAGCCUUCCGUCGGCGGGCACGAGCCUUGCCAUCGACUGGGUCGGUCGGUACCUCUACUGGACGGAGAAUAAGCGUUCCACUGGGCAGAGCUCCAUCAUCGUCAUGGACCUCAACCAAGGGCACAACUUCUACAGCGUCCUGAACAGCAGCGAACACAUCAACUCCGUCGAAGUCGACCCUUUCACCAGCACGCUCAUCUACACUGUGACGAAUGAACGUGGCUUGACAACGCUCAUGAUGUGCAACGCGGACGGCUCGAACCCGCGCCGGUUCUUCAAGCGGCUGCACAUGGCAAACAACGAGCUCUUCCAGUCUUCCAGGAUCAGGAAGCGGCGCGACCGGUACUCAUGCACGUGCGACCCGCACGCGUCCGUCGGGCAAGCGGUCACCCUGGACAGGUCGGUCAAGACUGAACCUCGGCUGCUGUGGGUGGACGGCGAAUACGGUCACGUGUGGUCGGCCGACAUGGAAGGCUGCAACUGCACCAUGAUCGUCAACGCCACCGAGGUCAAGGACGUUGGAUUGCCACCGACGUGUCUCACCGCUGACAAAUUCUUCAUCUACUGGUCAAACUCCUCGACGGGCAAAAUUUACAGCUACGACAAGUCCAAGUCGGCCGUGGUCUCGGACUCGUCUCCCAACGGCGCCAACACGCACGGCCAACAGAAGCGACGCGUCCAGUCCGAGGCUGCUCGCGGCAUCCGCGGCAUACGGGCCAUCGGCGACCACCUCCAACCUUAUCCUGACGCUGUGUGCUUGUCACCUCCGGACAACGUCACUGCGCCGACGCUCGUUUCGUCCUCUUCCCACGAGUUGGUCAUCAAGCUGCCCGAGCCCGUGAGACCCCCAGUUUGCCAGAAGGUUUCGAUGGCCUCCAUCAAGUACACACUGUUCUACGGCCUGAUCACUCCGGACAACGUGUGGCAGUGCUCUGAGUCUCUCUACGGCUGCAGGACGCUGGAAACGUACAACACGACGGUUAUCCUCAAGGAUCUUCUUCCGUUCACAAACUACACAGUUCGAGUGGCAAUGAGCAACUUCUAUAGCGUCGGCAUGUCAAGUCCCGGACCAAACGCCAUCUUCCUGACUGCGGAAGGAGCUCCCAGCGAACCGAUCCUGGUGCAAGUGGAGGCCCUGACUCCUACUCGCAUAGCGGUCCAGUGGCGGCCUCCGAUUAAGCCCAAUGGUCACCCGUUAUCGUACGAGGUGCGCUGGUACCGUGAUGGCAGCGUCCACAAGUGGCACUCCAUGUCCUACCUGACGGGCCCACCGACCGAUGACCGUUCACUGAGCUACCGGAUGCUGCUCAAGGAGAUGGUGCCUGGCACCAAGUACAACAUCCUGGUCAGAGCCUACUCCCGGAAAGGUGACAUGCACAGCGACAGCGAGUUGCUCUCCGUCACUACCUUCGACUUGCCCUCAAACCUCACGCUGGCUCGAGUGACCUCACGCGAGAUGGACCUCACGUGGACAGCACCGAGUGAACCCGUCAUACUGAGCCACAGGGUCGAGUACCUGAAGCCGAGCACCUCCGAGUGGCGCUACUUCACGAGCGAGGCGACGCAGGCGAACCGAACGUACAUCUACCCGCUGCGCAAGCUCCUGCCGAGGACCCGCUACUCGCUGCGCAUGGUGCUCACCUACCGCAGCUCGCUCAACGACAGCUUCCCGUGGCCUCCGACGGGACACUUCGCCUUCCAGACGCUGGCCGACAGCCCCGGCAAGGCGGCGCCACCCGAGGUGUCGCUCCUGGGAAAGGACCUCUUCCAGGUCCGGUGGGACGACGUGCCCCGCAACGGCGGGGAGCUGCUCCUCUACGAGCUGCAAGUCAGGACUGUGGACCUUGUCGCCGAACAGCGAACGGACGACGGCAACACGCCGACCGUCACCAGCGAAUCUGCCUGGGUCACGGCUUACAACAGCAGCGCCAACCACUGGAUCAUUCGCGAUCUGCAGGCUCAACAUCAAUACGUGUUCCGGGUCCGGGCUCUGAACGAGUACGGCGAAGGGGAAUUCAGCGACCCUAGCGAGCCGUUCACACUACCGGAGCCUGGAGCCGUUAUCGGCCUUGAAUACAACCCUGUCCGGAAAAUCAUUGUCUUUGCGUUCCUGGGCAUCCUGCUGUUCGCCAGCGUGCUUGUACUAUCUCUCUACAUCGUCUACAAGAGGAGGCAGAAGGAAAAGAAAGUUCUCCAAGACAACGUUCGCGACCUCCGGCCGGACCUCGAGUUGGCGACACUGAGUGAACUGCCUCGAAAUGGAAAUUUUAUUCAGCAGAACAACGCCCUGUACGCCCUCGGAGACCUACCUUUAGACGAAGAACUCGCUUCUGUGCCCCUUAUCGAGAGAGACCAGAUAAUACUCACAAAGUUCUUGGGAAGCGGAGCCUUUGGCGAAGUCUACGAAGGAAUUGCCCACAACCUUGGAGGAGAAGGAUUGCCACCAGCCAAAGUUGCUGUCAAGAACCUUCGCAAAGGCGCCACUGAGCAGGAGAAAGCUGAAUUCUUAAAGGAGGCAAAGCUAAUGAGCAACUUCAAGCACGAACACAUCCUGAGGUUACUCGGAAUCUCCCUGGACAACAGCCUGCAUUUUAUUAUACUUGAACUCAUGGAGGGCGGAGACCUCUUGUCCUACCUGCGAAGCAAUCGACCAGUAGCAGGAGAGAGGUCCCCGCUGACACUAAACGAUCUUCUCAGCAUAUGCGUUGAUGUAGCCAAGGGUUGCAAGUACCUCGAAGACAUGCACUUCGUGCACAGAGACCUUGCGGCGAGGAACUGUCUCGUGUCGAGCACGGACCCGGCUGAGCGCGUCGUGAAGAUCGGCGACUUCGGCCUGGCGCGCGACAUCUACAAGCACGACUACUACCGCAAGGAGGGCGAAGGAUUGCUUCCCGUGCGCUGGAUGCCGCCGGAGUCACUCGUCGACGGCGUCUUCACCAACCACUCGGACGUCUGGGCAUUUGGCGUCCUUCUGUGGGAAGUCAUGACUAUGGGCCAGCAGCCUUACCCGGCUAGAAAUAACCUCGAAGUUCUCCACUACGUCCGCGAAGGAGGACGUCUUGACAAUCCGGACAACUGCCCCGACGACCUCCAUGACCUCAUGCUUAGGUGCUGGUCGUACAAUCCGGAAGGCAGGCCCGAUUUCGCGUUUUGCUUGGAGACCCUGGAGUUUCUGCGAGAGAAAUACCAGGCUCUCGUAAGCAUCGCUACGGCUGUCCACAAUCACAACUAUCUUGGACAGUCCUUCAUGGGUGGCAUUGACAAUUUGGGUUACCAGGGAGAGCGUUACCCACCACCGUCAGGUCACCGCAACCGUGCCCACAGAGCCCCUGCAACGCGCGUGUUCGUGAGCCACAAGUCGUCGCCUCUGCGUCAGCGCUCGGUCAUAGAAGCCGAGUUCCGCUGGGCGCGGCCGCAACACCCGAACGGCAUGAUCGAGAGCCACCGCGUCAACUGCUGGUUCUUCAAGGACGGCAGCAUCAGCACGCUGUGCCGCAACGUGCGCGUCUCCGGCGACGCCCUGCACUACCGCAUCACCGACCUGCUGCCGAACACCACCUACUACUUUCAGGUUGGUGCGGCGACGCGUGCCGGCGAGGGCCCCAUGAGCGAAGUGGUGCAGAUGAGCACGGCCCGCGAGCACCCCGUACCGCGGCUGCUGCUCGCCAAGACCGACGCCGUCAAGCUCAGCGACGUCGACUUGCACCAGGAGCGGCUCCUCUCGAGCAAGGCCAGCCGACCCGUGGCGCUGGCCUACCUGGGUCAGGACGCGCGCGUCUUCUGGCUCGAGGAGAAAGGACUCCUCAUGGCCUCCGCGUUGGAUGGGUCGAACAUCAGCGUGGUGCACAGCCUUCCGUCGGCGGGCACGAGCCUUGCCAUCGACUGGGUCGGUCGGUACCUCUACUGGACGGAGAAUAAGCGUUCCACUGGGCAGAGCUCCAUCAUCGUCAUGGACCUCAACCAAGGGCACAACUUCUACAGCGUCCUGAACAGCAGCGAACACAUCAACUCCGUCGAAGUCGACCCUUUCACCAGCACGCUCAUCUACACUGUGACGAAUGAACGUGGCUUGACAACGCUCAUGAUGUGCAACGCGGACGGCUCGAACCCGCGCCGGUUCUUCAAGCGGCUGCACAUGGCAAACAACGAGCUCUUCCAGUCUUCCAGGAUCAGGAAGCGGCGCGACCGGUACUCAUGCACGUGCGACCCGCACGCGUCCGUCGGGCAAGCGGUCACCCUGGACAGGUCGGUCAAGACUGAACCUCGGCUGCUGUGGGUGGACGGCGAAUACGGUCACGUGUGGUCGGCCGACAUGGAAGGCUGCAACUGCACCAUGAUCGUCAACGCCACCGAGGUCAAGGACGUUGGAUUGCCACCGACGUGUCUCACCGCUGACAAUUUCAUCUACUGGUCAAACUCCUCGACGGGCAAAAUUUACAGCUACGACAAGUCCAAGUCGGCCGUGGUCUCAGACUCGUCUCCCAACGGCGCCAACACGCACGGCCAACAGAAGCGACGCGUCCAGUCCGAGGCUGCUCGCGGCAUCCGCGGCAUACGGGCCAUCGGCGACCACCUCCAACCUUAUCCUGACGCUGUGUGCUUGUCACCUCCGGACAACGUCACUGCGCCGACGCUCGUUUCGUCCUCUUCCCACGAGUUGGUCAUCAAGCUGCCCGAGCCCGUGAGACCCCCAGUUUGCCAGAAAGUUUCGAUGGCCUCCAUCAAGUACACACUAUUCUACGGCCUGAUCACUCCGGACAACGUGUGGCAGUGCUCUGAGUCUCUCUACGGCUGCAGGACGCUGGAAACGUACAACACGACGGUUAUCCUCAAGGAUCUUCUCCCGUUCACAAACUACACAGUUCGAGUGGCAAUGAGCAACUUCUAUAGCGUCGGCAUGUCAAGUCCCGGACCAAACGCCAUCUUCCUGACUGCGGAAGGAGCUCCCAGCGAACCGAUCCUGGUGCAAGUGGAGGCCCUGACUCCUACUCGCAUAGCGGUCCAGUGGCGGCCUCCGAUUAAGCCCAAUGGUCACCCGUUAUCGUACGAGGUGCGCUGGUACCGUGAUGGCAGCGUCCACAAGUGGCACUCCAUGUCCUACCUGACGGGCCCACCGACCGAUGACCGUUCACUGAGCUACCGGAUGCUGCUCAAGGAGAUGGUGCCUGGCACCAAGUACAACAUCCUGGUCAGAGCCUACUCCCGGAAAGGUGACAUGCACAGCGAUAGCGAGUUGCUCUCCGUCACCACCUUCGACUUGCCCUCAAACCUCACGCUGGCUCGAGUGACCUCACGCGAGAUGGACCUCACGUGGACAGCACCGAGUGAACCCGUCAUACUGAGCCACAGGGUCGAGUACCUGAAGCCGAGCACCUCCGAGUGGCGCUACUUCACGAGCGAGGCGACGCAGGCGAACCGAACGUACAUCUACCCGCUGCGCAAGCUCCUGCCGAGGACCCGCUACUCGCUGCGCAUGGUGCUCACCUACCGCAGCUCGCUCAACGACAGCUUCCCGUGGCCUCCGACGGGACACUUCGCCUUCCAGACGCUGGCCGACAGCCCCGGCAAGGCGGCGCCACCCGAGGUGUCGCUCCUGGGAAAGGACCUCUUCCAGGUCCGGUGGGACGACGUGCCCCGCAACGGCGGGGAGCUGCUCCUCUACGAGCUGCAAGUCAGGACUGUGGACCUUGUCACCGAACAGCGAACGGACGACGGCAACACGCCGACCGUCCCCAGCGAAUCCGCCUGGGUCACCGCUUACAACAGCAGCGCCAACCACUGGAUCAUUCGCGAUCUGCAGGUUCAACAUCAAUACGUGUUUCGGGUUCGGGCUCUGAACGAGUACGGCGAAGGGGAAUUCAGCGACCCUAGCGAGCCGUUCACACUACCGGAGCCUGGAGCCGUUAUCGGCCUUGAAUACAACCCUGUCCGGAAAAUCAUUGUCUUUGCGUUCCUGGGCAUCCUGCUGUUCGCCAGCGUGCUUGUACUAUCUCUCUACAUCGUCUACAAGAGGAGGCAGAAGGAAAAGAAAGUUCUCCAAGACAACGUUCGCGACCUCCGGCCGGACCUCGAGUUGGCGACACUGAGUGAACUGCCUCGAAAUGGAAAUUUUAUUCAGCAGAACAACGCCCUGUACGCCCUCGGAGACCUACCUUUAGACGAAGAACUCGCUUCUGUGCCCCUUAUCGAGAGAGACCAGAUAAUACUCACAAAGUUCUUGGGAAGCGGAGCCUUUGGCGAAGUCUACGAAGGAAUUGCCCACAACCUUGGAGGAGAAGGAUUGCCACCAGCCAAAGUUGCUGUCAAGAACCUUCGCAAAGGCGCCACUGAGCAGGAGAAAGCUGAAUUCUUAAAGGAGGCAAAGCUAAUGAGCAACUUCAAGCACGAACACAUCCUGAGGUUACUCGGAAUCUCCCUGGACAACAGCCUGCAUUUUAUUAUACUUGAACUCAUGGAGGGCGGAGACCUCUUGUCCUACCUGCGAAGCAAUCGACCAGUAGCAGGAGAGAGGUCCCCGCUGACACUAAACGAUCUUCUCAGCAUAUGCGUUGAUGUAGCCAAGGGUUGCAAGUACCUCGAAGACAUGCACUUCGUGCACAGAGACCUUGCGGCGAGGAACUGUCUCGUGUCGAGCACGGACCCGGCUGAGCGCGUCGUGAAGAUCGGCGACUUCGGCCUGGCGCGCGACAUCUACAAGCACGACUACUACCGCAAGGAGGGCGAAGGAUUGCUUCCCGUGCGCUGGAUGCCGCCGGAGUCACUCGUCGACGGCGUCUUCACCAACCACUCGGACGUCUGGGCAUUUGGCGUCCUUCUGUGGGAAGUCAUGACUAUGGGCCAGCAGCCUUACCCGGCUAGAAAUAACCUCGAAGUUCUCCACUACGUCCGCGAAGGAGGACGUCUUGACAAUCCGGACAACUGCCCCGACGACCUCCAUGACCUCAUGCUUAGGUGCUGGUCGUACAAUCCGGAAGGCAGGCCCGAUUUCGCGUUUUGCUUGGAGACCCUGGAGUUUCUGCGAGAGAAAUACCAGGCUCUCGUAAGCAUCGCUACGGCUGUCCACAAUCACAACUAUCUUGGACAGUCCUUCAUGGGUGGCAUUGACAAUUUGGGUUACCAGGGAGAGCGUUACCCACCACCGGUCAGGUCACCGCAACCAGGUCCUAGCAAAGUUCUGAGCACUCCUGAGCAGAAUUCACUGCUCCUGGCUCAAGAAUCGGACUGCUUGAGCAUUUCCAGCGAUCCAGCAACAACACAGUUGCCAUUGCUGCAGCACAGUCGGUACAACGCGACGCUUUUGACGCCCGAAAUGACCGACAACACGACGCGGUACCUGCAGCUGCUCUGCGACAGCGAGCCGGCGGUUGACGCCGACGGCUAUGAAGUGCCGCUGCCGCUGCCACCAAAUCACGUUCAGCCCUUCCGGCAAGCCGGAGGCGACGGCAGCGUCGGCAUGGAAACGUCUUCUCUGAGGCUCACUUCGAAGCCGAGGGCCCCUCUUCCUAUUGCGGCCACGCGGUCCUCGCGCCUGAAGGCAACACCGCCGCCCGCGCUGUCGCUUCCCAACGUGUCGCCGCCGGCAGUUCCGAGAGCGAACAACAUGAACUCCAGCAAGGAACAGAGCAGGAGCAGCGAGUCGCUCCUGGACGCCGACCAACGCCACAGCGAUGGCGACGGGAGCAACGACUGCGGCCGGCGGUCGCCGACCGUCACAUCGGCGCUGCUCAAGUCGCCCAAGAGCAGCUGCUCCGAGUCGGACUCGGUGGAAGGGGCGGCGGCGGCGUACGAUCCGAUCGAGACCCUCAAGGAGAUCUUCACGCGCGGCGGCGGUCGAGGCAGGGAGACGGCGGACGCGCAGGGCUGGUCGUUGUCCACGUCCUCGACGGCGCCCUGUACGCCUUGCACGACGAGCGGAGACGACUCCGCGCCGGCGAGUCACCGCAACAGCGGCAGCGGAAUCUCGUCCCUCUCGGCCACGUCGGCCAUGGAGUUGGACUACAUGCCCAAGUCGUCGUGGUGCUGAGAGCCCGUGUGUGUGCGCGCGUGCGUACGAACUUCGAGCUUGAAGCUGCGGCAGACUCGAGUGACCAAGCUGGGCCGCAGUGGAAGACUACUUGCGAGAUGCACCGGCCUAAAAGUAACGGACCAGUGUAGUGUUUCUUGCCUGCCACGGUGAAAAACUGGUGAAAACUUGUUUCUUUUUUUCUUUUCUUUUGGGAUCCGUCUUGCGGAACUUGUGAACAAGUGCACGGAGCACUUGCACAUCAGUGGUUUCCGUCACAGUUGACUGGCAAGUGCAACGAGCGAUUACCCCGUGAGACUGGAAUGGACGGAUGGAAUUCGAGAAGAGCAACGACUACGGUUCAAAUGAACUCUCUUUUACAUGUGCGAAACGUGGUGUGACUUUGUUCAACAGUAAUGCGCGAUACCCCUUAUGAGCGGACCAAUUGUGGGGCGUUUUGAGAUCGGUGACUUCUGCUGGGUUCAACCUGUAGAUCUUAAUGAACGCUGUUCUAUGUUUGCUUUACACGAUGCAGUGAUUCUUGGGGGGCAAUGGAAAGUCCACUGCAUUGCAAUGCUUCACUGCUGAAAUAUCUUGCCGCUAACAAAUGCCGGUGCAUUAGCAGUGAAAGCCGGAAAUGAAGUGUCUACGCCAAAGUUACACGAACGGACAAAGACACCGUUCUGAACCACUUUUACUUUUUUUUUUUUGCUGUCCUUUAUUCUACCUCUGUGCGGGGCACUCUCGUAUGACGACGCCGUCGUGUUUCGGUCACAGUUUUGACUAUAAAUUUGAAUGUUUUAAUGCCAAAGUCAAAUACGUAUAUAGGAACCUAUGGUGCUUGGUGAACUCUUAUGAGUCUUGCCUGUGUACAAAAUAUAUUUAAUAAGCCUAUCGCUCCUGCCACUCCAUGGGCACAUUACACGCAUCAUAUUUUUUAUCACAACAUUGUCACCCUUUAACUGAUACUUGUGUCAUGUUUCUGUACAGUGCCCCGCGUACUGUGGGUGUGUUUCAGGAGUGGCCUUGGGAAAUGUACGUUCUCUGUAAAUAAUAUAGAUACGAAGAUUAAGAUGGUGCGUAAAAUCAAACUAUAGAUAUGAACAAAUGAACUUAUCUGUGUAUGUACAUACGUAUGUUGUGUGAAUCGCCUUUUUAUCUGUAUAGAAACCUUGCAUGUCUCUUUAUUUUUGAAGCCUCUGAGUAUAUUAUAGGUCACAUUUAUUUUUUAUUUUUGCAGCGUGACAAUAUUUUAACCGCACAAAUAUAUUUGGCCAAUUUUGCGUGUAAUAUGCGCGCCUUACGUAAGAGUGUAAAGUUAGUAAAAUCAUAGGCGUCGGAUAUAUGUCGCUGUUUUAUUUGUUUGUUCCAGUUCCUAAAUUAAAGAGGUCCCAGAAGC